AUGGCAGAUUGUACCCCGGAACAAGCAAAGCUUGUUGAUGAAAUUUUAAGCAUUCAACGUACUGACUACUAUCGUGUUUUAAAAGUUGACAAAUCAGCAAGUGAUGUUGAAAUCAAAAAAUCAUACAGAAAGCUGGCUAUCAAACUACAUCCUGAUAAAAAUAAGCAUCCAAAAGCCUCAGAAGCAUUUAAGGUCAUUGCCAAAGCCUUCGAAGUUUUAGGCGAUGAAUCUAAGAGGAAGUUAUACGACAUGACAGGUACUGAUCCAGACUCUCGUAGUGCAGGUGCCUCUGGGGGAGGUGCAGGACAUCCAGGAGCACAUUUCAAUAAUUUCCAGGGCUUUGGGGGCGGAUUUCCUGGAUUUCAAGGAGGGUUCCAACCAGGACCUGGUAUGGGUGGUGGUCUAAACGAGGAUUUAUUGAAUAUGUUGUUUGGUAUGGGUGGUUUAGGUAAUAAUGGAUUCUCAUUUACCUUUGGAGGUAAUGGAUUCCCUAAUAAUGGAUUCUACUAUAGUAAUCAACCAGGAAUGAAUGCUAGAAGACGUGCAGCACAAAACGCCAACGCACAACGUCAAGGACAGGGUGCAAGACGUGGAGCUGCUGGACGUGAGCAGGCUCAAUGGACACAAUACAUUGUUCAAUUCCUACCUUUACUGAUUAUUUUGUUCUCCAUAAUAAUCAACUCACUUACUGGAGAUUCGUCCUCUAAUUACAAUAAUGCAAGACAAUUCCAUGGUAGAGUUCCUAAAUAUGGAUUUGAAAAAGGUGCAGGUUUGGAUGUUGAACGUACUACACCAAAUCAUAAUAUUAACUACUACAUCAGUGAGAAGACCCUCAACAACUUCCAAGGGCGAAAAAAUGCAGACACCGAAUUAGCUGGGUUAGAUAAGUAUGUUGAAGGACAAUAUAUCAACGAACUAAGCCAAACAUGUCAGAGGGAAAAGAACUACCAGAGGGAGCUUAUUGAAAGUGCACAAGGUAUCUUUUAUAACGACUGGGAUAAGAUCGAAAGAGCUCAAAAAAUGACAUUACCUCAUUGUGAAAGAUUAAGAGAACUUAAUCUUUUAUAG